AUGGAGCGGGAGCGACGCCGGCAAGCCUUGGCACCGCCGCCGCCGCCGCAGCAGCAGCAGCAGCAGCAGCUCGAGGACGUGGUUCAACAAGCGGCGGCGGGGCAGGGGAACGAAAGCGGCGGUGCCGAUGCGUGGGAGGUGGAGGUGGCGGUGGCGAAGGCGAUGGCGGCUGCCGUUGCCGCGGCAGGCGGCGGCAUCGCGGGGGGAGCGGUCCCGGAGUUGUCGGCCGCCGCUGCCGCCGUCGCGGCCGCCGCCGACGGCGACGGCGACGGCCUGGAGGACGUCCCCGAAGGGACGGACGAGGGGCAGAAGGAGGAAGCGCGCAUCGGCAAAGAGGUGGUGGGCAGCGGCGGCGGGAAGAAGAGGAGACCCUGCGCGAGAGCGAGCUUCUCCGUCGGGGGGUCAGGCCUUGCCGGAGGCGGCGGGCCCGACUGGUCGCCGAACGGCGGCGCCAACGGGACCUUUCCCCUCCGCAGGGCGCUUACGUUCGGCGAGGUCGGCGGCGGCCACGGCCCGUGCUCACCCGCGGACUCCGGCGGCGGCCGCCUGAGGGAAGUGCCGCUCUCGGAGGCGCAGGCCAUGGCCGAGUCCCUGCGCGCCUGGCGCCAGAGUUUCGACGUUCGGAACGCCUUCUUCGGCGAGUCCGGCGACGGCGAUGCAGAGGAAGACAGGGGCAGAGCCGUGUCGCUCCAGGUGCAAAGCCGGAGCUUCGCCCGGAGAGGACGCGCCACGGCUCUGGUUACGUCGCGGACCAAGUGGACUAGCGAUGUUGUCGGCGGCGGAGAGGGCUCGAGCGGCGUAGAAGCGAAAGGCCUCGGUCUUGAACUGGGGGGGAGGAGCGGAGGCGAGGAGGGCUCAGGCGCGAUGGCCGGCGGCGGCGGAGCCGCAAGCGACGGCAGCAGCAGCAGCGGCGGGGGCUGCGUAGACCGGGGUCAGCGGCAGGACGGGGUGGGGGAAAAGACACACCGGACUCUGAGCGACCAGGAGUGGUCGUCGUCUAGGAGAAUAGUCGAGAUGGCCGCCAGCGAAGCCGCGUCGCUGACGAACCCGGUCAUGGCGGCCUUCGAGCGGGAGCGCAAGGAGGCCGCCGCGAGGCAGGCGGAGGUCGAGGACGCGCAGGCGGCGAGAGCGGCGGCAAUGGUGAAGCAGGCGGCGGCGGCAGCGAAGGCCGGGGAUGGCGAGGUGGCUCCCGCGGCGGCGGCGGCGGCGUCUGCGGCGGGCACGGCGGAGGACGAUGGCGAGCUUCAUGUGGGGUCGGUCGUACGGCUGGGCUUGAACGACGCUCCCGGGUCGGCGGCGGCGGCGUCUGCGGCGGGCCUCCGCAUUGCCGCCGAAGGGAUAUCGAACCUCUCCCUGAGAUCGAGAGACUCGGUGGAGAACCUGCAGGAGAGGGGGGAGCAGUCUUGGGGGCCGCUGCCUCUGUCAUCCUCCGCCUGAUUGCCGCUGAGAAGCGGUACGUAUUAUCGUUGUCGCCCGGGAAUCGUUGGGUGGCGCUCGUGCGCAAGUAAAGCGUUCUUGGCCAUCGUACAUACAUCUGGGCGCGUUCAGCGGCGGGUGAUGCGGUAUGCAUACGGUUUGUGAAAAUGCGGGGGGCGCGGCAACACGGCGCAAGGCUAUCGCUCUCUGUCCGUUGGCUUGGGAGAUUUAUGACUCGGGUGUGAGGAGUUCAAGGGGGGCAUUCACUUGGGCCUGGGGGGCGCAGGGGUUGUGUUUGUGCGUACUGUAGGAGCGUUGCGGAGGGUUCAACCUGCACGGCAUCCCGCCGUCUGACCCGCUGCGCCUUGUUUUGUGAUCGAUGAGGGGGGGGGGGGGGAGGGCGGGUAAAAUGCAGUAGUGAUUGCUUUUCUCUCACGUGCGCACGAGCGAAGGCCUACAAGUAUAGCAGGGCCAAACGGCACGCAAGCAGGGAGAGAGGCGGUCACACGCGCUCGCUCGGUGAAACGUUGAGUAUGUUGGUUCGUUCCUUAGUUCCCUCUUGAGCGACGAGGUGUUGGGUUUGUGUAGCUGUAGAGGUCGCCAAGAACGAGGAAAUUUAGCUCCUCCUCCCGUCAAGUGUGUUUGAGCCGCGCGCCUCACUGGCUGCCUUCAAUUUUGUGCCUCGACAGGCAAUGGGGUGGUGUGCGAGUUUGGUACGGGGAAAGCUUUUUCUGUGAGUGGGGAAGGUGCGCCGGACAAUAUUAUCACACCUCCAACCGGUAGGUUUUGGAACCCCUUUUCAUGCGACAGGUGUUGGUGUUCUGUCAGUUUUCGAUUUUCAUGCUCAGGGUGUUGUUGUGUGCGCGGGGGUUGGGGAUGAACGGGUACGGGGAGAUAAUCGAGAGAGACAGAGGGGGAGAGAGAGAGAAGAGAGAGAGAAGAGAGAGAGGCCGGUGUCAAGAGUUGUGUGUCGCUACUCCCGGUGGAGAACCGUCGCGAGAGUUUUGUUCCGCGAUACAUUUAUGGCGUAGUGGGUCAGUUAAGAGAAAGGGGUGGUCUAUGGUCGUGACUGUCUACAGCCUGGGGGGCCGCUCGGGACAUUUUUGAUGUGUAAUGGGUGUUCUUGCCGAGAAUGGUUAUAGGAGGAUUCCUGGUGAUGUUUUUCAGAAAGUGUUCAUUCCUUAGUUUUGUCUCGACCUGGUCUUUUUGCGUGUUCUGUAUUGUCGUCUUAAAGAUGAUCUAUCUAUCUGGCGCGGAAGGGGGUGUUGGUGUUGAUGUUGUUCGUGGUGUGCUGUUAUGGCACCGUCUGUCUGUGUAGCGGGUAGGGUCAGUUUUUUUUAUUGGUCGAGAGAAUAAGCCCCGUUUACGGUGACAGAGAUAGCACCGCGCGGAGGAGCCGUAGCAAAAUCACAAGCACGUGUGUGUAAUAUCCGUCCACGCUCAGCUCUGGCGGGUUGAUCACAGCGGGGGGGGGGUUAAGCCGAAGCCCCUCGUGAGCGAGCUGUUUCUUUUUAUUUCUUUGUGAGCAGGCAUCACUCAUGCUGGCUCGUUGUCGAGGCAUCACCCAUGCUCGCUCUGUCGUUGGGAGUUGCUUUGCGCGGGUUUGGUUACCGUGACCGUAAAUUCUCGGGGUCGUGCUGCCUUGUUUUCUUGUACACGCGGGGGAUCCCAGGCAUGUUGCCCUGACCACAUGUUUUUCUCUUCCCCCCCCCCCCCCUUCGUAAUAAUGCAAACCCUUUUUCGCGAUUUGAUUACGACAGUAGUGAUUGUAGAUGCGAUAGGAGAGGGGUGGAUGGCCACAAGUCUUUGGUGCUGGGGGCAAGAGAAGGACCUUGUGGGGGGUGACGGGGGGGCUGGGUAGUUUUGGUCGUGCUUUUGUGUCUCGCAGUUUAGUUUUCUCGCAAGGCCACAACCAACCACUGCUGCUGUGCCUCCUUUACCCAUGGGAUGGAACACCCACGGGAUGAAAACAACGGCCGGCUAUACGACUUGCCUGUUGUGGGUUACAGGCCCACCCAACCAAAUGGUUUCUCUGGUGGUCGAAUUUUCUUUCUUUGUGGUGGACUAUGGUCUAAAGGUCCUAUGUUGGUUUUUCGUCACUGCCUGUCGACCGCACAGCAUCACCAGUUGCGUUCGUUCGUGUUAACUAGCUAGCCCUGUUUGUGUGCUGACAGGGUCAAAAUCUAUCUGUCGAUAUUUUUCCCUUCACUUCCUUCCUUCCUUCCACUUUAUUUACUUGUGUGUAGUGUAAACUUGGCGUUUACCUGCUCUUCCAGUUCCUUUCGCCAAUUUUUCGAAACCCGGGGGGCGACGCGAGGGGCCGGGGGGGGGAGGGGGGGGUAGGAUUACGUUGCCUGUGGUUGUUUCGCGUAACUGACCGGCCCAGCCCAGAGUCGGAGCCACGUGUUCCGUGUGACGAUGCCCUUCUUGGAAAUUUGUAAGUGAGUUCGCGCGGGGGGGACGCGAAUGAGGAUUGGUGCGCACCCAAUUAAAACCCGGGGGUGUUAUUGCUAUGCAUGUGAUGCGCAACGUGUGUUUGUUCUCCACGGCGUGCGUGCGGAAAGCGAAACGCCCUCUUUGUUGUAGCUUUGUUGUUAAUUUUUGGCAUUUAUCUUUCUUUCUUUUUUUAUAAUCAACCUUGAACUCGAACGCUUGUUGCAACGCAAGAAGUAGUACGUGUUGGCGGUAUACAGAAGAAGUAGGCAUUUUUUUUUUCGUCAGCUCCUUGACGCCACGGGCACCGAUUGGCGUUCGAACUUUACGUGUGCGCGGUUGGAAGAAGACUGCAUGCAUGGUGCACGGUACACACACAAGUACGUGCACUGCGUGCUGAUGACGAGUACCGGACGGGUGGUGGGUGGUGAGAGGUAGGCUGUGGUGUAAUUGGUCAACCUUGCGUGGCCUGCUAUGAGUCGAAUAUGAGAGCAGAGACAGAGAAAAUAUGGGCGAACGGACGAGGGGAUGAGGCACACACAACACAAGUAAGCAAAGCGGUGAACUACACAGCAGUCCAUCCAUCCAUGUAAAGGGAGGGCUGCGGUUUAUUGGUUGCCCUCCCACCUCAAAUGAGUGAACUCCUUUGAUACAGACUAUCUGACGAACAGCAACAGCUUGUGCGAACGAAGACGAUGUUUUUCGUUGUGAAGCUGCGUGGUGGGUGCUCUUGAGCGCUGGUUGGGCGAGCGGGGGAGGAGAGGUGGUACUCGUGGCUCUGCUGCUGAAUGUCUCAAACAUGGCGACCAACGGCGAUUGCGUACGGCGUCUGGUUGCGUCCCAUGAAAUAAUCGCAUGACGUCAUAUAUAUGUUGUUGACAAGUCGUCCUCGUGCUGCUGUGUCGAUGCCUCAUCUUGAUUCAAAGCAAUUACCAACAUGACACAGAUGAACGUUUUUGUCUCGCUCCAUCUCACGCAAAACCAUCACAUGGUCCCAUCAUCUUGACCAAAUCAGCGCGUUUGUUUAAUCGAUGGCGUGCCACCGCAUCCCUAACUUCCAAGGAGAAAAAAAUAAGUCGGGCUUCACACAUGGUCGGUCAUCACGUAAUAGGCAGUUACGACCAAAUCAACGCGCUUGUUUCACCGGGGACGUGCCACCGCACCCUCAACUUCCAAGGAGAAAAACAAGGCGGGCUUCUAACCCCUGCCGGGUAUGUAAACCACGAACCAACGCAGUCAGUCAUGUCAGUCGUAACGCCGCCAAAACCCAUGGCCUACUCGCAACCUAUCAUCUCGGGACGAAACCGAAUCAAUCAAGAUACCAGUGCAUGCAACCAGCCAUGUAGUCUGCGAAAGAGAGCAGCCGAAACAAAAGCUGUGCCACUGUACAGUACCAGUCAUAUAUCUCCAUCUUUGGUUUGUGUGCGCAAGGUACAAGAUAACGUUCGUCGCCCCCUCCACUCUCCUCCAAACGGGAAACCAUACCGCUACAAUACUCGUCCGACAAAUUUCGGGUUUGCCAUGGUAAGGUAGGCGGCCUUCCUAUUGGCCAAAGCGAGAAGCAAGUGAUUUGCCUACCCCUUCUAUCGCUCCGUCCCGGC